AUGUAUCACAGCGCUCUCGUUGUCCACAAGUCGGAACAAGCCUUCGGUUCCUACACCAUCAGACAACUUCCGAGUGACGAUGUGUUCGUUACCAGACGUCUCUCCAGCACCACUCGCCUGCCGCUCCAUACUACCGUCGGUGCUUUUACGGUCUCCGGCUCCAUCGACACAGUCUCCCUAGAAGCCACGGUAGCCGUGGACAUUUCCGGAAUCAACCUAGGCCUGUUCUAUGGAAAGCCGAGCAGCGAGUUCCGGGUCGAUAUCGAGCUGGAAAUUUUCAAGGGGAGUGUUGAAAUUGAGCUGAAUGCUUUUGAUGAGAUUUGGCUUCAUAUCAGGCCGGCUGGGAACUCAUCCAAGUAUGCAGCGGAGGGCUCUACUACACAUCUGGCAAACUUGCCGAGUCUCUCUUGUGCACCUUGGGUUUAG